AUGGACACUGGGAAAUCGCCGGCAUCGGUCCAGAGCGGCACUAGGAGUCCUGCUUACAGCUUCGUAGCGCCAUCCCGGAGUGUGAAACGACCACGACCCGUCAAGAGCUGCUUGGAGUGUCGGAAAAGGAAGUUGAGGUGUGACCGAGCCUCGCCGUGUUCUCAGUGCCAGAAGACACAGCGCAUAUGUCGGUAUGCGGCCGAAGGUGAAGUAGUAAGCCUAAGUGAUGGUUCGGAUGGCGAGGCGCCCGAGAGGAAUACCAAGCGGAACCGCCCCGCAGCCAGUCAGGAAUCCGGCCAGCGCGAUACUAGCUACGAAGCUGUACUCGAGGACCACGCAGUAAGGCUUGAGCGUCUGGAAGGGCGAUUGCUUUCGAGAACUUCGUCUCUCGCCGAGUCUGGUAGCAUCCCGGCGCAACGCCCCGCGGCGUCGUCUCUUACGAUUCGCGGCUUGACGGUGAAAGGGGGACUACGAACGCGGUUCUUUGGCCAAAGCAGCACACGGGUUCUUGUUAACCUGUUUGACGAAGCAAAGGACUUCAUGUUUAGUAGGAAUAAAUCCAGCGACAUCAGGGAAUUAUUCCUAAACGUCCAGAAAAUCCACAAGGCUCUUCAGGAUGAGCAUCGAAAAGUCACUGCCCCUAUUACUGUGUUCGUGGACUCGAUGACGCCGAUCCAGAAGCGAAUGGCCGAUGUUUUACCAAGUAGAACGGUCUGCGACACUCUACUCGGCAUCUACUUAAAAGGAUCCGAGACCAUCUAUCGUGUUCUACAUAUCCCCUCUUUUAUGAGACAGUAUAACGAGUACUGGGAGGGUAAACCUCAACAUGACGGUUUUCUGCCACAACUGCUCUCGAUCUUAUGUGUGGGGUAUCGGUAUAUUGGGGUUGGCAAAGGACAGUACCAUGAUCGGGAAGGAAUUCACAUUCCGACGGCUAGUUGUCUUGUAAGAGCUUGGCUUGACGGUCUUCGGGGGAAACAAUUAGUUGAAUUCACUACACUCCAAGCCGAGAUACUCCAACUCAUGGCUCAGAGAAUGAUCAAUCCCAAAAACCAGGAAUCUUGGACGCAUCUUGGACUCAUCGUGCGGAUGGCGAUGACCAUGGGCUUUCAUCGAGAUCCGUCGGAAUUCUCGCAGAAUAUACCGCCUUUCUGGGCUGAGCAGAGGAGAAAGUUGUGGUACACGAUACUUGAGCUUGACGUGCAUAUGUCUAUGCAGUGCAAUCUUCCUUGCUGCAUACGAGAAAACGAUUUUACCUGCCAACCGCCUAGAAACCUCAACGAUGAAGAUAUCCAUCCCGAUAUAGAACAGCUCCCUCCUCCGAAGCCGAUCGACCAAGAUACCGAUUCCCGUGUCCAGGUGUUCGCUGCCAACACUCUGUCUAUGCGGUUCAGGGUUGUCGAUUUAAUCAACCGUACCGACAAUGUUCAGGACUAUGAGCAGGUUCUGGACCUCGGUAACGAACUUGAACGAGUCUUCGAGGACAUAAGAUAUAUGGUCCCAACAGCACACUCGAACGAUAUGUCAGAGGUUCGGCGACGAUGGAUGACACGAGUCGUCUUAGAUAUGCACUGCCGUCGACCGCUAUUAGCGUUGUACCGGCCCUUCGCGUUGGGAAGUACGGAUGUUCCCCAGCAGAUCGUGACAGGAUAUCUAAGAUCGUCAAUGAUAUUGCUUUCGUACUUGGAUGAAUUGGAUCCCGCUUCACCUGAUUAUCACCGUAUUUGGCACCUGCACCAACUGAUACUCAAACAAGAGAUUCUUCAGGCUGCUUUUAGCAUAUGCUAUUACAUUAAACAAGCUACUAGCAGCUCCGCUUCGCCGGCGCCGUCAGAUCUGGAUUCAAAUACCAAAGUAGAGUCCAUCGAGGAAGCGUACGCCAUUGCCUCCUCAAGUUCGGUCUUGCUGUCCCUCCCACGGCUCAAGAGAGCCGUGCAAAACGUGUUAGAUACACAAAUCAAAAGAAUACGAGAGAUUGGGACGGACUUGAGGGACAUAGUCUCGCUUACCGUCGUGUUUAACACCUGUCAGGGCGGAACUCCAGAGCAGAAGAGAGACGCCAUCACAAAGGGCUUGCAGGCAAUCCUUGAUGCAGGCCUGCAAGCGAUACACGCGAACCAGGAAAAUAUUGCUUCGAUGCCGGUAAGAAAUAUUUAG